AUGGCGUGUGGCAGCAGGAGAGUCACCAUCCAGUUGGUUAACGAGGAGACAGGGCCUGAAACCAAGGGCCCAAAGCUCUUUCGGGGCCAGAACUUCAAAGCAAUCCGAGCAGCGUGCCUGGAUGAGGGGAUCCUGUUCCGAGAUCCCUACUUCCCGGCUGGCCCUGAUGCCCUUGGCUAUGACCAGCUGGGGCCCCACUCGGAGAAGGCCAAAGGGGUGGAAUGGAAGAGGCCCCAUGAGUUUUGCACUGAGCCCCAGUUCAUCUGUGAGGACAUGAGUCGAACAGACGUGUGUCAGGGGAGACUGGGUAACUGCUGGUUUCUUGCGGCCGCUGCCUCCCUCACUCUGUACCCCCGACUCCUGUCCCGAGUGGUCCCCCCGGGACAGGGCUUCCAACAUGGCUACGCAGGUGUCUUCCACUUCCAGCUCUGGCAGUUUGGCCGCUGGGUGGACGUCGUGGUGGACGACAGGCUGCCUGUGUGCGAGGGGAAGCUGAUGUUCGUGCGCUCCGAUCAGCGGAACGAGUUCUGGGCUCCACUCCUGGAAAAGGCCUAUGCUAAGCUCCACGGCUCCUAUGAGGUGAUGCGAGGCGGCCACAUGAAUGAGGCUUUUGUGGACUUCACAGGGGGCGUAGGUGAGGUGCUUUACCUGAAGAAGGACACUCCAAACCCUCCGGGCCUCUUCUCCAUCCUGCGCCAUGCCCUGGCCAAGGAGUCCCUCGUGGGGGCCACUGCCCUGAGUGAUCGGGGUGAGUACCGGACAGAAGACGGGCUGGUGAAGGGACAUGCAUAUUCAGUUACGGGCACACACAAGGUGUCACUGGGCUUCACCAAGCUGCGGCUGCUGCGGCUGCGGAACCCAUGGGGCCGAGUGGAGUGGAAUGGGGCCUGGAGCGACAGCUGCCCACGCUGGGAUGCACUCCCUACAGAGUGGCGAGAUGCCUUGCUGGUGAAAAAGGAGGAUGGCGAGUUCUGGAUGGAGCUGCUAGACUUCUUCCGCCACUUCGACACCGUCCAGAUCUGCUCGCUGAGCCCCGAGGUGCUGGGCCCCAGCCCGGCUGGAGGCGGCUGGCACAUUCACACUUUCCAAGGCCGCUGGGUGCGCGGCUUCAACUCUGGUGGGAGCCAGCCUGGUGCCGAAACCUUCUGGACUAACCCCCAGUUCCGGCUGACGCUGCUGGAGCCUGAUGAAGAGGAUGAGGAAGAGGAUGGGUCCUUGCAGUGCUGGGGGGCAGCAGGGGCACGGGGCCCCGCACGGGGUGCUCGCACCCCCAAAUGCACUGUUCUCCUGUCACUCAUCCAGCGCAACCAGCGGCGCCUGAGGGCCCGGGGCCUCAAAUACCUGACCGUGGGAUUCCACGUGUUCCAGAUCCCAGAGGAGCUACUGGGCCUGUGGGACUCACCGCGGAGUCGCGCGUACUUGUCGGGCCUGCUGCGCGCCGACCGCUCGCCAUUCUGCGCCCGCCGCGACGUGAGCCGCCGCUGCCGCCUGCGCCCGGGCCACUACCUGGUGGUGCCCAGCGCCGCCCGUGCAGGCGAUGAGGCCGACUUCACGCUGCGCGUGUUCUCUGAGCGCCGCCACACUGCCAUGGAGGUAGAUGACGUGAUCAGCGCCGACCUGCAUGCCCUUAUGGUCCCCUACAUUCCCCUGGAGCUCGAGUUGCAGCAGCUUUUUCAGGAGCUGGCAGGAGAGGAGGAAGAACUUGGCGCCCCUCAGCUCCAGGUCUUGUUAAGCAUCGCCCUGGAGCCUGCCAGGGCCCAUGCCCAGACCCCCAGAGAAAUCGGGCUCAGGACCUGUGAGCAGCUGCUGCAGUGUUUUGGGCAUGGGGGAAGCCUGGACUUGUACCACUUCCAGCAGCUCUGGGGCCACCUCCUGGAGUGGCAGGCCACAUUCGAUAAGUUCGACGAGGACGCCUCUGGAACCAUGAACUCCUAUGAGCUGAGGCUGGCGCUGAAUGCAGCGGGCUUCCACCUGAACAACCAGCUGACCCAGGCCCUCACAAGCCGCUACCGUGACAGCCGCCUGCGUGUGGACUUUGAGCGCUUCGUGUCCUGCAUGGCCCAGCUUAUCUGCGUCUUCCGCCACUGCAGCCAGCACCUGGAUGGGGGUGAGGGGGUCGUCUGCCUGACCCACAGACAGUGGAUGCAGGUGGCCACCUUCUCCUAGAUCUUGGCCCAGGAGCCCUGCCUCUCCCCCUCGCAGCCCAGGCCACGGGGAGGGGGCAGCUGCUCUGACAGUGGGCCGUGGUUCCUAGCGCGGCCUUGGGAGCCGGCCUGCCCGGAGCUGAUUUCAGACGACACUGGGCAAGUCCCCGCACCUCUCUGCUUUGUCCUUGGGCAGGGUCACAUGCCUGUCCUGUGUGGGCUGCAGCAGUUUGCCCACGUCACACGCUGAGAACAGUGGCUGGCCCAGAGUGGGUCCCCACUGGCACCCCUGUGCUCACACACUCACGGGAACGGGGACUGGGGCGCGCCCAAGCCCUCACUUCACUCUGGGAAGGGGUGCUCCAUCAUCACUCUCCGAAGAAGUACAGAACAGGGAUAGAAAAACAGAGGACACUGUAGGAAUCCUUCUUAAAAAUAUUACAUGUUUUAUUAUCCUGUCCCCAGAAGGGAGGUUUAUCCAGAAACCGAGAAAAAACAAAAUCAAGAAUAAACUCAAAAAAAUAAGGGUGGGGGGGUAGGUAGGGAAGGGAGAGCAAAACCAUCCACUAACA